CAGCUCCUGCAGGAAGAGCAGUGUCAGAAGGCUGCUCUGUUAGCCAGGGUGUGCCAGCUGCAGAGAGAGCUGAGCCAAAAGGAGCAGCUGAGGCAGGAGCUGACUGAGGAGCGGGAGAAUGGGCAGAUGGACGCAGGAUCACCCAUCAAAGGUGCCGCAGCAGCAGCAUCCUGCCAAGAGGCCUCCUGUCUGCAGCCUGGAAACCGGAGCAUGAGCAGUUCACGCGGCUCAAGCCAGGAGAGAGAGAAGCAGCUCCUGAAGCUGCUGAGGCGUGUGGUGAGUGUGGGAGAUCCUGAAAAGAAGUACACUGGAUGGAAACGUAUUGGCAGUGGGUGAGUGCAGCCACGCUUACUUCUACAGAACCACGGGCCAGGAAUUUUGGUGGUGCAAUAGCACGUGGGAAGUCAGGCAAGCUGCAAGCAUCUUCAGAGCCUGGCUCCAGAUUGUCCCUGUCUCAGUGCUGAGGCAGUACCAGGCAUCAUCAAAGAAAACUGGAUGCUGACAAUGUCUUGGCUGCCUCAAGGAGCAGGACCUGGAAGUCCUCUUGUCCCUCAAAAAUGGGGCACCAGUUUGCCUCUUUUCCCAGGAGACAUGCUUUUGUAUGUAUGGCCACACUCCUGAAGGUAGGAAAGCCUGAGAGAGCAGCUUAUCACCUGAUAACAGCUCUCAGUAGCAUUUCUUAGUAGUACUUUACUAGAAACAGUAUUCAGUGGUCAGGAAAAUAAGAAAGACCGUGUGGCGUUGGCUGAGUUGGGCAGGUAGGAUCAAAAGAGAGCGGUGAGAAGGCCCAGCAGGACUGUGUGUUUCAUUGCCUGCAAAGGCACGCCACAGGCACAGACACAAGAAGGACAAGGCAAAGCAAACUCCCCCACAUGCAUAAUCUAGCAUGUACAUUGGAGAUUUCUAGCAGCCCUUUUUCUUCCUGUGUGAGCCAGCUUUUCGCUUGGACAUUCUGCAUGGCUGAGGGCUGCUGGGCUGUUGUGCCAUUGGCUGAAGAGUAGACAAAGCCCAGUGUUUUAGAGAGACUGCAGGCAGCAGAGAGCUCCUGCCUGCGCUGCCUUUUGCUUCUCAGCACUGAACAACUUCUCUGUUUUUGCACUGCUCUCAUUCUAGGGGUUUUGGAAUUGUUUAUAAGGCCUUCAACGCUGCCACAGGACAAGCGGUGGCUGUAAAGCAACUUAAUCUCCAGCACCAGGGCUGCGAGGACAUACUGAAAGAAAUCCUGGUCAUGAGUGAAAAUAAGAAUGCCAAUAUUGUCACCUACCUAGAAAGCUACCUUGUCAAUGAGGCUGUCCUGCUGGUCUUGGAGUAUAUGGAUGGAGGCUCCUUAGGUGAUGUGGUCAGCGUGAGAAGGAUGGCUGUAGGACACAUAGCAACAGUGUGUCGGGAGUGCCUGCAAGGCCUGGCUUUCCUUCAUGCCAACCAGGUGAUCCAUAGAGAUAUCAAAAGUGACAACAUCCUUCUGGGCCGGGAUGGCUCCGUCAAGUUGGCUGAUUUUGGCCUCUGUGCUCUGCUCAGCCCUGAGCAGAGGAAACGGAGGUCGAUGGUCGGGACCACUUGCUGGAUGGCACCCGAGGUUGUGAGAAGAGAGCCUUACGGCCCCAAAGUGGACACCUGGUCCCUUGGCAUCGUGGGAAUAGAAAUGGCCACAGGAGAGCCUCCUUAUGUUCGGGAAACCAGUGACAGGGCCAACUUCCUGAUAGGCAAGCAAGGGGUACCAGACCUGCACAAGCUCAGGCUACCCCCUGGCUUGUGUGAAUUUCUGGGCUGCUGCCUGCAGAUGGAUGUGGACAGGCGAGGCUCUGCCAAGGAACUUCUGCAGCAUCCAUUUCUGCAAUCAGCGGAGCCUCUCUUAAGCCUCUUCUGACAGCCUUGAUUGCUGUCCUCCUUGCAGCCAGGUAAUGCAGGAAGCAAAAGAGAUGAGAAGGACCACCUGAGCACUUGGAGAACAGAGCCUCUGAGAGCAGGUAGAAAUCCUGAGGAGAGAGGGGCCAGGCAACAGGCAGCCAUCAGAGCAGGAAAGGAAGGUGGCAUCCCCUUUUCUCCCACCUGCUGAUCCUCCUUCUGCAUUUCUGCUUAGGACAGCAUUGCUGGAGGCCACAGAGUCACUACUGAUGUGCACUUUUCAGGAGCUGGAAGGGCAGCGUUUGGAGGCACAGCAGCUGCUGGCACAAGGGGCAAACUUCCUGGAUGAGGUAGAGAAGAAGCAGGAGGAAAGGCUGCUUGAGACGAAGCAGGAAGUUGCCACCAUGCAAGCUGAAUGAGAAGAGAUUCCAUGGGCCCCCGCCAUCUCGAAGGGCUUUUCAAAUGUAAACAAAGGAAAUGUGCAGUGAAGUAAUGCAGGAAGCAGAAGACAUGACCAGGAUCACUUCAGGAUUACACUCCGCAAUGGCAGCUUGGAGCUGCACUCACAAUAAAAGUCCUAUACGCCCUCAAGCCUGCUGCAAGAUUCCCUUCCUCGUCAGCCAGGGAAUAAGGCUCUACAUUCCCUUCUGAGUUGGCCAUUCCUUCUUAAAGAUGGAAAGUCCCUCCUAAGGGCCUUCUGCUGUGGUUUGGAAUUGGGAACGCUCUCCUUCCUUUAUCAGCUCCCACCUCCACUGCCUUUGGAAUGCUGCCCAUUGGCCAGUUUUUGCCCAGCCCUGGACUUGUGGAUGAGGAAGAAAGUGCAA